AUGUUCUCGCAGCAGCCCCAGGACCUUGUGGUGGUUGCUGGUCAGCCGGUCACGUUACCAUGCACUAUCCCUGGGUAUCACGGAGUGGUACUGUGGAUCAAAGACGGCCUGGCUCUGGGAGUGGGGCGAGACCUUGCUGGAUAUCCUCGCUACACAGUGAUCGGGGACCAUGGUUCAGGAGAACACCAUCUUCGCAUCCAGCGUGUGGAGCUUAUGGACGACGCAGUGUUUGAAUGUCAGGCGGUGCAAGCGGCUAUGAGGUCCCGUCCGGCCCGCCUCACUGUGCUGGUUCCCCCUGAAGACCCGGUGAUCAGCGGCGGUCCAGUCGUGAGUCUGAGAGCUGGAGACCAUUUGAAUCUAACGUGCCACGCCGACAACGCCAAACCAGCAGCUUCAAUCAUCUGGAUUCGUAACGGGGAGGUCCUCAACGGGGCCAUGUACUCCAAGACGUUGUUGAGGGACGGCAGACGGGAGAGCACAGUGAGCACGCUCAACUUAUCUCCCACAAACAUUGAGACGGGUCAACAGAUCAUCUGUAAAGCAUCCAACAAGGCAGUCCCCAACGGCAAGGAGACCAGCGUCACCAUCGACAUCCAACACCUCCCUCUUGUGAACCUCUCAGUGGACCCACAGCCAGUGUUGGAAGGAAACCUGGUGAGAUUUCACUGCUCAGCGAAGGCUAACCCUCCUGUCACACAAUACAGGUGGGCCAAAGGCGGCAGUAUAAUUAAGGAGGUUUUUGGAGACACAUAUGAAGUUAUUGUGGACCAUUCCUUCUUCACUGAACCAGUCUCCUGCGAAGUUACAAAUGCACUCGGCAGCACCAACAUCAGUCGGAACGUGGACGUCUACUUUGGUCCACGCAUGGCUGCUGAGCCUCAGUCGCUACAGGUGGACCUCGGCUCCGACGCUGUGUUCAACUGUGCGUGGACAGGAAACCCCUCGCUGACCAUUGUGUGGAUGAAAAGAGGCUCUGGGGUGGUUUUGAGCAACGAGAACCUCCUGACAUUGAAGUCUGUGAGACAAGAGGAUGCCGGGAAAUAUGUGUGCCGCGCUGUGGUCCCAAGAGUCGGAGCGGGCGAGAAGGAGGUUUCACUGACUGUCAAUGGGCCCCCAACUAUCUCCAGUACACAAACUCAGCAGGCUCUGCAUGGGGAAAAAGGACAAAUCAAAUGUUUUAUUAGGAGCACCCCACCUCCAGACCGCAUUGCCUGGUCAUGGAAGGAGACUGUGCUGGAGUCGGGCACAUCUGGUCGUUACACUGUGGAGACCGUCAGCACAGAGGAAGGAGUCAUUUCCACUUUGACCAUGAGCAACAUCGUCCCCGCCGACUUUCAAACCAUUUACAACUGCACGGCCUGGAACAGCUUUGGCUCCGACACUGAGAUCAUACGCCUGAAGGAACAAGGUGGGAGCCAAGGUUCGAGCCGUUCCACCUUUCUCUUCUCUGUCAUGUUCUGUGGUAGCAGUACAUGUGUUGUGUGUCUUUUGUCUCUUAUCUCUCCGUACAUCCAAAACAGUCGGUCCCAGUUACAGAAGACAUAA